UGAAGAAAUUCACGUGGAGUUGAUAAAGCCGCAGAGGUUUACCCCAAAAUUACAAGGUUUUAAUCCACAAAAUGCCAAAAUCUAAACGAAAUAGGGCAGUUUCAUUGACCAAAGCGAAGAAAAAGGGCUUAGAGUUAAAAACAGGACUGGUGAAGGAGAUCCAAGAGUGCGUGGACAAUUAUGCCUUCAUGUACGUAUUCUCUGUGGAAAAUAUGAGGAAUAGUAAACUUAAGGAAGUGAGAAAUGAAUGGAAACAUAGCAGGUUUUUCUUUGGAAAGAAUAAAGUCAUGACCAUUGCCCUCGGCAGAGAAAAGGAAACAGAAUAUAAGGAAAACUUACAUAAGAUAGCUAAUAAAUUAAAAGGACAAUGCGGAUUGAUGUUUACAAAUCAAGCUAAAGAAGAUGUAGUGAGAUGGUUUAACGACUACAGUGAACUGGAUUAUGCCAGGUCAGGCAAUGAAGCAACAGAUGAUGUCACAAUAGAUGCAGGUCCACUGGAUCAGUUUCAGCACUCGAUGGAACCACAACUCAGACAGCUUGGACUUAAUACAACUCUUAAAAAAGGUAUCAUAACACUUCAAACUGAUUUCCAAAUCUGCAAAGAAGGUGACACCCUAACCCCAGAACAGGCCAGACUCUUGAAACUCUUUGGAAACCCACAAGCUGAAUUUCACAUCAGUCUCCUUUGUAUGUGGUCCCAGAGUGGAAUAUUUGAAGAGCUCACUUAGACCAUUGAAUUUCUCUACGAAUUUAGUUAUUUGUAAAAUAAAAAUUUUGAAACUGAAUCAAAUAAAAGAUUCAAUAACCUCUAUAUACAAA